GCCUACAGUGGAAAUGUGAUUGAGGUGCCGGUGUGGCACGAUCGCUACACACAACAGUACAUACCAAUAGGACUAAGUGGAGAGAGCUUAAAAUAUCCAAACUUUUAGGGUAAUUGAUGUGAGAUCGAUUCCGAUAGCUAUGUUAUGACAGGUAUGUGGAAAAAACAUUCGUAAACAAAACUCAUGGGAAGACAACAUUACGUCAGUAGCCUAUUACCGUUGAGGCGAAGACUUCACGUGGGUCGCGUAAACAUCUGUGAAGAGGUUUAAAUUACAAAAUAUAUGCAUCACUGGAGAUACAAGGCAGCGAAAUGUAUCGGAAGCAUGGAGCUGUGGUUUAAAAACAAAGAUGAUCCCCAGGGCAAUGCUGGCGCGAUUCGGCUUUAAUAACGUUUCGCUCUGAAGGUUCAUCCCGCCCCAUGAUGAGAGACGUUUCACGACGAGGCGCACAAAUGUCAUAGAGACUAUUACCCUAGUUUGAAGGACUCUGACGUUCAACGUGAAUUCCUAAUGAUGAAUAUGGUCGACAAUUGCUGCUUUGUCAUAGUUCCCAUUGGACGUAGAACAUCCGCGUUCUAAGUGACGAUAAUGCGGCUCCUAAUCAUCUACGCAGCAUGUUUUGUUUGUAGUGUUUCUCCUCGCGAACUGUUCUGUCCCCCAGAAUGCCUCUGCCACACCGGAAUCAUUACAACCGGAGUAAAAGGCUACAUCAUCUCAAGCAACUCUGAAAACAUGUCCAGAAUUCCGGAUCUUUCCGGACUAACUUCGAACCCACAACCUAAACUCCUGAGGUUAUCCCGCAAAGCCAUCACUCGAGUCACACCGGCGGACUUUCCCGAGGGAAUCGGAAUAACACGUCUUAUCCUUGCCGGCAACAGGGAAAUGAAUCUUGAAGAUGACGCAUUUAGCAACCUACACGAUUCUCUGGAAUACCUCGACCUUGAAAUAACAAAGAUAUUCUUUAACAAUUCUCUAACAUUCCUGAGAGGACUUGGAAAGCUUAAACAUCUCGAUCUGAGUUUCAACAACAAGUACCGCUAUCAAUUUGGAGACUCGAAGAUUGUCAGUCGUCUUUUCUAUGGCUUGGGCAUGUCGUCUUUGAAAAAACUGAAGAUGUACAACUGUGGAAUCCAAUCUAUUGGAUCAGAUGUAUUCCUAGGUAUUGAAACACUGGAAGAGUUGGACCUCGCGGGGAACUCUCUCUCUAGUGUACCCGACGGAAUUGCUCCACUCAGUGACUUGUCAUUAUUGGAUUUAAGUCACUCCCGCUUCGCAACCUUAAAAAAGAAGCGUUUCAUGCACAAUAAAAAGUUGAUGACGUUGAAAAUGUUGUAUACCAGAGUUACUACGAUUGACGCCGACGCACUUUUUGGUCUCGAAAAAUCUUUGGAAAAUCUACACAUAGCUUAUUCUAAAUUAUCCGAAUUCCCCACCGACGCUAUUAAACAUUUAACUGCUUUGAAGGUGUUUGAGUUGACAUCGAAUCCCUUGACAACAAUUCCUGGAGGUUCAAUGUCUGGAUCUUUCUGUUUGAAGGAUCUUCAUAUCAGCCAAACUAGUAUCACACUGACUCACAACUCGUUUGAAGGCCAAGAAAAAUGCAUUAAACACUUAUUCAUGAGAAACAUGGGCAUAGAGAAUAUCCCCGUAGAACCCCUGAGAUCUCUGAAGAAACUUCAUCAUCUGUUUCUGGAUGAAAAUAAAAUUCAAGUACUGCGCACCGACUCUCUUACAGGCAUUAAAGCCAACCUCCUUGUGUUGUCAGAAAACCCUCUGGCCAGGAUAGAAAAAGGGGCGUUUAACAACCUCACCUACCCGUUAUACGUCGAACUCCCCAACACUCGCCUGGAAGAUUUAAACUUCGCCCUUGACUACAGUCCGGGGACAUUUGAUUCUCUAAACGUUAGGGGCCUGUCUUUAGAAUGUGACUGCACGCUCGCUUUUCUGAUCGACGAGGGAGUGGCGUUGUCAGGGUCUUGUAAUGCCAUGGACAUCAAGAUGGAUCUUCGCAGUGCCAGCCUUCCAGAAUAUUUGUCAGAUAAAUGCUCUGCAGAAGCCAAUUUUGUUUGUGGACACGUAAUCUUGCUGAAUAUGAUUGGUUUGUUGAUGGUUUCAAGUGUCCGCAAUGAUAUAUGCUGAGUUUGUGAUGUUUUACUUUAUAUUGAUGAAAUGCACGUUAUUCGAAAGGAGAUCAGUCUUUUUAAGAGACACACAAUAUUGUGACGUAUGCUGAACGUAUAUGGAAUUCGUACUAUGUGUAUUAUUGCUACACAGACUACGUGUAAUUGUUUUCUAUCAUGUGGGCAAGAAGGCAUGCCUUUUUUUAUUAAUAUUAUUAUUAUAAGAGCUCCGAGCCGAAAGGCUUGAAGGUCGGAAAUUGGUUAAGAACAGACUUAGCACACGCCAAUUUCGUAGCGGCGAUACCCUGCAAGUUGUGCCUACAUGUUGACGGAUUUAGUACAAGGAAACCCUUUGAGGAUUCAAACAUGGACGUUUGUGCACAGUGUUACUUGGAGCCCGCCAUUGCUGCUUUGCAGCUAUUAUUAUUAUUAUUAUUAUUAUUAUUAUUAUUAUCAUUAUUAUUAAAUAAUAAUAUCUUAAUGGUUAAUUAUUGGUAUGAAUACAAACGUAUCCCCCAGAAGGCAAAUUUGGUCCUAAAUAGUUGUAUUCACAUUAUGUAACUUUCAUGAGCAGCAUCGGUACGCCGGUGUUCCUUCUAUGAUGUACAUCAUUCUGACAACGGUAUAGUUUUACAUUAGUAUAAGUAUGUGCUGUAGGAACCCAAUAAGCGAAAACGGGCAAUGGUAAUUAUCUGACCAAGAGUAUUCUUUUCCCAGUUAGUAUUUACCUUAUGAAAAAAUAAAUGCUUAUUCGAAAUUAUUUUCAGAUCUUUGACUAGACAUGUACCAGCAUCGUCUUCACGUUAAUGGUAACCCAGUGUCCACGUUGAUGACACAAAACGUGACACAUCUUUCACAAUAGAAACCCCGUAUUGUCCUUCUGUUGGCCCGCUACAGAUAUCUGCUACAUUUCCGAUACGCUGAGUAACCUAGUUUACAAUCUAUCACUCACUGCCUGUGCGUGUGCUACCGGGACAUUUUUUAAAACUAAAAGAUAUCGACAUCUUAUCAAAUUGGUGACAGCAACACUGAUAGCAAACAUUUCUAUGUGUUGGUCUCCCUGACCUCAUCUCACUGGCUAGAGUCAGAGAGAACUUCGGACGACACCGAUUGGUUUGUAUAAAAUAUGGACGAAAAAGAGUUUGUUGUCAGACAGAUUACUUGAUGGACGUUUUUUAUAACACUAGGGGAGGGGUGUGUGUUCUUCUUUGUGGAAUCCUAUGCUGGCUUACGAUAUUCACUGGAACACGAGUCAUUGGAUAUCAUACAUAAACCAAGCCACAUCAACACUUUAAAUUCACACGUAAAGGCCAGUGAAUAACCAGUCUCGAUUAUUCGCCGAAACAGAAUUUUGGCGUAAAUCGCAAGAUAGUGACGAAGAUUAUAUGAAUAGAUCACUGAAAAUCAGUGUAGAAACCAGGUGUUCGCGAAAAGGUGAGUAUGUCCUGCGCCUCCGGUCGCACCCGCCACUCACAAAUGUUUUCUAAAAAUAAAAGUGUUUGUUGCUUAACGCUGCAUCCAGCAAUACUCCAGCCAUACUACAACAGCCUGUAAACAGUCGAAUCUGGACUAGACAGUCCAGUGAUCAGUAUCAUUAGCAAUGAUCCACGCCCUCGGGGUAAAAUACCACGCUGUCAGCCAAGUCACCAGGCCUGACGGUGUGAGUGAGUUGGGUUUAACGCCGCUUUUAACAGUAUUUCAGUUAUAUCGCGGCGUGUCAGCUUAAUGUGGGAGGAAAAUGUGAAGAAAGCCUCAAUACCCUUUCUUUGAUACACCCAACAAAGGACUGGGGAUCUAAAACAGUAAUACGAAUUUAUCGUAAAAAAAUAUAUUGUGCUCGAAAUUGCUUGAAAAAAUGAACUAUGAUUCAGUCUUUUUUGAAAAGAAGAGAGAGUGAGUGAGUGAGUGAGUUGGGUUUAAAGCCGCUUUUAACAGUUUGCCAGUUAUAUCACGGCGUGCCAGCGUAAUGUGGUAGG